AUGGCUACCCCUAGUGUCCUCACUUUUGACGCUGAGGGUCGAGCCAUUGACUUUGAGGUCUGGGUCGACGGCCUGCAGCUGUUUUUACACUGCGAUAGGGCGGACAGUCUUUCUCUCUUUGACCUCACCUCUGGCGCAUCUCCUGCCCCUGCUGCUGAUGCUGACCCCACUGUUCGCUCUCAGUGGGCCACCUGCGAUGCAGCUGCACGUCUUGCUGUGCGUCGCCACCUGCCUACCACUGAGCACGCGCACUUUAGUCAGUACAAGAGUGCUCAGACCUUGUACGACGCUGUAGUUGCGCGCUACUCUUCCCCUGCCACUGCUGCACUGAACCGCCUCAUGCUACCCUUCCUCUUCCCUGACCUUGCCGCCUUCCCCACAGUCGCUGAUCUCAUGACGCACCUCCGCACUAGUGACAUCCGCUACCGCGCUGCGCUUCCUGCUGACUUCUGCGCCAAGAACCCCCCCCCCAUGUACAUCACUCUCUACUUUCUAGUCACCCGCCUCCCCGACUCCCUUCGUGUAGUCCGGGACCACUUCCUUGCGGUCUGUCCCACCACUCUCAUAGUCGACAGCCUAGAGAAGACCCUCCUAGCGGCGGAAAAGAGCAUCGUCGCUGUAGGUUCCUCUCGAGGUGACCCCCGCGCCCCCAUCUUUGAGGGGUGUUCUCCUUCCCCUCUCUUGCCCUCUGUCGCCUCUGCCGCUGCAGCCGACCUCGUUGGUCUUGAGUCGGUCGGUGCAGCGUCUGCCCCUAGCGGGAGACGUCGCCCUGGCAAGGGCAAGGGGGGCAAGGGAGCAGGUGGGGCUAGUGGGGGCGGUGGCGGUGGAGGUGGAGGUGGCGGAGGGAGUGGGGGUGGCGGUGGAGGAGGUGGUGGGAGUGGGGGUGCUAGUGGUAGCAGUGGAGGCGGAGGCGGCGUUGGCGGCGGCGGUACUGGCGGAGGUGACGGCGGUGGCGGAGGUGGAGGAGGUGGAGGUGGAGGAGGUGGAGGUGGAGGUGGUGGAGGUGGUCGGAGUGGCACGUCGCAGCGGAGCGGCACUGGGGGUGGUCAGUGUCAGCAGCAGCAGCAGCAGCGUUCUCGCGACCUCCCCACCCCUCAGCAGCUCCGUGAGCGGUACACGCAGCGUCAGCGUGGUGGGGGACUUGGUCCCUGCACCUAUGUCCUUCGCACUGGCGACCGCGCAGGUGAGCAGUGUGGGGGUGCCCAUUCCACCCAGCGCUGUUUUGGCCGCCUGACGGACGCUUGGCGUCAGCAGUUUCCGGAGGCCACGGAGCUCUCCCGCUGGGGAGAGCUGUCUAGGGCAGGCGUAGCUAUUUUUGAUCUUGACUUUGAUGCUAUCCUUGCUGCCAUGUAUGCUGUGACCAUUAGUGAUGAGGGUGACUGUUACCGGUGUUUUCCGCCCGACCCGGGCAUUGAGACUGCUGCUCUAGGUACUGGUGAGGCUGCUGCCCUAGGUGCUUGCGCCGGUGCUGCUCUAGGUGCUAGUGUGUCUACGUCCUCGGGUACUGGUGAGUCUGCGCUCUCAGUUACUACGUUGGCUUCGGCCUCCCACACCUUCACCCUUGACUAUGGGGCGUCUCGCUCCUUCUUUCGGGAUCGCACCACACUCACGCCGCUUAGUCGGCCGGUUGCGGUUUCCCUGGCUGACCCCACCGGGGGUCCUGUCCUGUCUCGCUUCUCCACUGUCCUCCCGUGUCCGGCGGCUCCCUCUGGCACCCUGUCUGGUCUCUACCUCCCCUCGUUCUCUACAAACUUGGUGAGUGGUGCUGACCUACAGGAUGCGGGAGUCCACCUGUUCACCCCUGCUCGUCAGCGGGUGACGCACUGCACAGAGGCUAGCACAGGGGCGCCAGCGUGCUGCCCCUCACUCCUCCCAGUUUCCUCCAACUGA